AUGUUAGUCGAUGAUUGCAUGGAAACCAGUAUCAAAAAUUUGGAGCUGGGAACCGAUAUUUUCGUUCUUGAUACUAAUGGAUAUGAUAUAUUUAAGGGCAAACUCCUUGAGUGUUCAAGUAAUAAUUGGAAAAUUAAAUAUAAUGAUACUCAAAACAUAGAAAUACUAGAUGACAAUAAACGUAUUAUAGACUAUGAUAACAAAUAUUACCAACAAUUGUUCAAAACACAAGAAAAAGGCAGAAAUAUAUUGCAAGAAUUAGAAUCAUCUAUAACCAAAGAAACACCUAGCGAAAAUCAGCAUACAAUUACCAAAAUUGAUGAUUUACCACCAAAAAAGCUUCCAUUAUCAAUUAAUAAAAAUUUAAAUUCAGCAAAAGUCAAAAACAUACCGAAAGCGAAAGUGGAAAAGAAAGUACAUCAUAGAAUAAGACUAACAAUACCACCAUCUUUAAAUACAUCGCUAAUGGCAAAUGAAAAAAUUAAAUUAGAUCAAAAUCUUCAAAAUUUAAUCUCAUCUACAAAUAUACAAGCUGUAAGUUUCAAAUCCAAGAAUUCAACGAAUAAUUCCAAUUGGACUUUCUCGAUAAAUUUCAAAUCAGAUCAGAAUGCAGUGAAAUUGAGUCAAAACUAUAACUUCGAAUUUGCUUCCCAAAAAGUGUAA